CCAUAUUACAACGACAUCCUCACUCUGAACUCGGACUGUCCGAACAGGAACUCGGAUGCUACGCGCGUGAAUCCAACACUCGUUGCAUGCCCCUAUAAUGAAAUAAUGACCGCCCCCUUCCGAGUCCUCCAACCAUGGCCGCCCCCGAAACCCCAGCCGGCGGCAUAUCCCUAACCUCAACCAUCGAAAACGAGCGAUCACCGCAUCACUCCGGACUAGACGACGACCACGAACCCUUCAUCUACACCUCCGUGCGCUACGACGCCUCGCUCCGCGCCUCCCCCGAAAACACCGCCGCCUCCUUCAACAUCUCCUGUCCCUUCUACCUGCUCGAACACCACUGGACCCGGCUGCGCGUAGCAGAAUGGAGCGCCCAGUUCUGGACGGACAGUGGAAUCCCGCCCAAAGCGCAUUCCCGACCCGCGGAUUUCUUGCACAGCUUGCUCUUCGCCGUGCGCCAGUGGCAGCGCAGCCAUCCCAAGGAAGCGGAGUGGGCGGAGGCGCUGCGGGUGCGCAGACGAGUGUACCAGAGCGGGCGCGUGACGACGGAAAUCUACCAGAUUCCGCGGCAGCCGCUGCACGUUUUGUUUCCCCAGUCCCUUGAUGCCGGCGGAGGGAAGGGCGCAUUGAACGGAGUCAUCCCGGGUAACAAUCCUGCUGCUGAGACGGAGUGGACGGCGGUGCUGGACGUGCGGUCGACAGAAGUCACCGACGCGACCAUGUACAAAAUCUGGGAUCGCUCGCCGCAGAGCCGAGCGCGAGCGGACGCCGGCAUCCUGACCUUGGGUGCCACGAAGGAAGUCCUAAUGUACAAUGCUGAGGCGGAGGUAUUAGACGGUUCGAACUCAACACCGUACUUCCAUAGACAAGGGAAGUGGGUGACGCCUGUUUCAUCAUCUGGAGGCUUACAGGGAGUGACGAGGAGAUGGGCGUUGGAGAAGGGGCUCUGUGUGGAGGGCGUGGUGGCGACGGACAGCCUUGAGGAUGGAGAGGUGGUGUGGUUUAGUAAUGGUGUGCGAGGCUUCUUUCGUGCCGUCUACCGCCGUCGUGAUCCGAGUCUGGGAAUUCCUGCCUCGGAUCCUGCGCAGGUCGGCCGGAUCAUGAGACAGUUGGUAUGAUCCCGGCUCGUUGCUUUGACGAACAUAUACGGCCAGGAGGUGUUGGCGUUGGUGACGGACUAUGAACAGGAACAAAGAGAAACGGCGUU